GCUGCUCCGCCCCGUCGGUUGAUCCGCGCGUCUGUCCUUGCGUGAGUCCGGGCCCCCGGCUUCGCCCUCGCCAUGGCUCCCUGGCUGCAGCUUCUGUUGCUGCUGGGGCUGCUCCCGGGCGCCGCUCCCGCCCCCAACAAGCCCCGAGCAGCCGGCGCGCAGGCCUGGGAGCUGGCGUCCCCGGAGCUGCUGGGGCCCGCCCGCUUUGCCCUGGAGAUCUACAACCGCGGCCGGGCUGCUGGGGCGCGGGCCGCGCUGAAGGCCGUGAGCGGUCGCGUCCGCCGGGCAGGCCAGGGAUCGCUGUACUCCCUAAAGGCAACGCUGGUGGAGCCACCCUGCAACGACCCCACGGUGUGCCAGCUCCCUGUGUCCAAGGAAACUCUCCUCUGCAGCUUCGAAGUCCUGGAUGAGCUAGGAAAACACAUGCUGCUGAGGCGGGACUGUGGCCCCGUGGAUACCAAGAUUACAGGUGCUGGACAGCCCAGAGGUGCGGGGAUGGCUCAGAUCAGACUUCACUCAGGGUUCAAUCUUGAUUCUUCUCUGUUCCAACCCAAUCCAGAUGACAGAAAUGACACUUUCAGUUCAUUCCUUCCACUCUUGAACAAGGACCCCCUGCCCCAGGACUUUUCUGUGAAGAUGACUUCCAUCUUCAAGGACUUUGUCACCGCCUAUAACCGGACAUAUGAAACAGAGGAGGAAGCUAGGUGGCGCAUGUCCGUCUUUGCCAGUAACAUGGUGCGAGCGCAGAAGAUCCAGGCCCUGGACCGUGGGACAGCUCAGUAUGGGGUCACCAAGUUUAGUGACCUUACAGAGGAGGAGUUCCGCACCAUCUACCUGAAUCCCCUGCUGAAGGAAGAGCCUGGCCAGAAGAUGCCCCUGGCCAAGUCCAUCUCCGACCUUCCUCCCCCUGAGUGGGACUGGAGGAGUAAGGGAGCUGUCACCAAAGUCAAGGACCAGGGAAUGUGCGGCUCCUGCUGGGCCUUCUCAGUCACAGGCAACGUGGAAGGCCAGUGGUUCCUAAAGCGGGGGGCCCUGCUCUCCCUCUCUGAGCAGGAGCUCUUGGACUGUGACAAGGUGGACAAGGCCUGCCUGGGUGGUUUGCCCUCCAACGCCUACUCGGCCAUAAAGAUUCUGGGAGGGCUGGAGACAGAGGAUGACUACAGCUACCGUGGCCACCUGCAGACCUGCAAUUUCUCUGCAGAGAAGGCCAAGGUCUACAUCAAUGACUCAGUGGAGCUGAGCAAGAAUGAGCAAAAGCUGGCGGCCUGGCUGGCCAAGAAGGGCCCCGUCUCUGUUGCCAUCAACGCCUUUGGCAUGCAGUUCUACCGCCACGGGAUCUCACACCCGCUGCGGCCCCUCUGCAGCCCUUGGCUCAUCGACCAUGCUGUGCUGCUUGUGGGCUUUGGCAACCGCUCUGCCGUCCCCUUCUGGGCCAUCAAGAACAGCUGGGGCACUGACUGGGGCGAGGAGGGGUACUACUACCUGCACCGUGGGUCCGGGGCCUGUGGUGUGAACACCAUGGCCAGCUCAGCAGUGGUGAACUGAGGUGCAGCAGCUCAGGACCUGGUGGUGACCAGAGCAGCCCCUUCCCCUGCCUGACCUGCGUGGCCAGGCCCCUCCCCAGGAGGCACAGCUGGCUGAGGGACGGGCACCAGGUACCUGAGGGUGAGCAAAGGCCACUGGGCUCAGGGCACAGCCCCUCCCCCGACCCCCACCCACCUACCCUGAAGUUCCCCAACUGCACCUUUGUUGAAUUGUGGUAGCUAGGAGGACCUUGGGGUGAAGGAUGAAGUCUUGGCAGCCGAAGCUGGGGCAAGAACCCUGGGCUCGGGUAAGGAGCAAGUGGGAAGAAAAUACUGUGGUCUUAAACCCAGCUGUGUCCUCAGCAGGCUCUGGCUUCCUGCCCUGGCUUUCCUCUGAUGCUAUAAAUUUUCUGGUCCCCUGGAUCUGGGGGCAGUGUUGCCUUCCAUAUCUAGAGAAACUAUUGUAACCCACCUUUUCUAACACAAUAAAGAGGUGUCCUGGGCCCCA